GCCAGCCUGUCAGGGAAAACCCAAGGCUGACCCCCUAACCAAGGACUCUGAAGUCAAGGGGUUCAUCAGUGGAAGGGCCCCCACCAGGCAGUACAAAGUUCCAGUCCCAGCCAGCAGGGGGCAGGCUAGAGGAGCUAGAUAAAGGGACUGAUAUCACAGUCUCUCUCCUUGCUUGGGAACUUGAGAGGCUCGUGGUCGUCUUUCAGCUACAUUAUCUUUAGAGCAGGGACAGAUUUCUAGCCCGACCUCAUGCCGUGGAGAUUAAAUGACACAGAUAGAGUGGUUCAGUUGGGGUUUGUAGGUGAAUUCCUCUAUUGUUUACUUGUUGGUUCAGGGAGAGUGUGAGGACCAGGGGCCACUUCAGGAAAGGUGGGCACUUGUCCAGGGGUGACAUGGCCCAGUGGUGGGUCUUCGGACCACACUCAGUGCCCCUGUGAGAGGGCACCUGGGUGCUGGGAGGUGAGGAGAGGGGGUAGAGAAAGCACGGUGCUCUAGGGUGUUCUCAUGUUGUAGCUACCAAGCUCCCACUUUGUGUAUCUCAAGAGAACCAGAGGGUAUGGUGGACCACCCGCCUCCCUCCCCAGCCUGGAACUCCACCCGAACAGGCCCAUGGUCUCCCUGCAGCACCCAGGUCAAUAGCAGAGUUCCUAUGCCCAGGCCAUGCUUGCUUAGAGGGUACUCACCAUGUGCUGGGCUCAGCAUGGCAAAGAAGAUGGACAGGACCAGGGAGGAGGAAGGAGCCCAUCCUGAGGCUGUUUGCUGGCAGGAGGCAUCUCUUUUUCCUUGGGAACCUGCCCAAAAUGGCCUGGCCUGAGCAGCCUGUGGUAGAGCGUCAGCUCAUACCUCCAGUAAGGCGUCUCUGGGGGUGACCUCAUGUCUGGACUGAGCUUGCAUCAGCCGGCCUGCCAAGGCUGUGGCAUGGUCUCCCUGAGGAGGUCCUGGGAGAACGUGGGAGCACCGUCCCCACCGCCACCAAUAUCUCAAGGAGCCUUACCUUCAGGUUUCCGUCAAGGAUCAUGCAGGACUUGCAGCUGUCUUGCGGAGGCAGGAGGCUCUUUCCAGAGGCUUUGCCCUCCUCUGGGGAAAUAUAUCAGGCAAUGGCUGCACACGGCAACUUCACUGUGGCUGGUGUGUAGCUCACAUGUGGUUAACCUCUCUGUAGCUGGAUGCAUGAGGUCAUCAAUGGAGUUAUUGAAUAGUGAUAUGGGAUGGUGCUUAACAGACUCAUGCACUCAGCAGACACUUCUCUGGGGCCAGCGAGGCGUUGGUUCUCUGCUUCUGGGCCGAGGCAGUUGGCAAGUCACAGACAUAGCCUCCAAAGCCUCGACAUUCAUUCCAGGAGAUAGACAGACAACCAAGAGACGUCCCCAAGGUACCAGGGCAAGUAGCGAAAAGCCCUCAGACAUCUGGGACUGACUGGGAGAGUGACCAUUGAGUUACUCCCUCGGGGUUCAUCUUGUGGGAACAUUUACUGAACAAACACCUGGCAUCUCAGUUCAUUGCUCCCAACAACUGUAAGAGGUUGGAGUUCUUUCCUCAUUUUGUAGAUGGGAACACAGGCACGGAGAGGUAAGGAGUUUACCAAACAUCACACAUGGAACUUAAGCACUGGCUCCAAAGCCCUUCCUGUAGCCAAACUGUGUGCUGGAUCCUGGGACGCCUGCCCCCAAGGGCCCGGCAGUCUGUGGGGUGGACAGGUAGGCAAAGCGAUAAUUGAGUCAUGGCCAGGCAGAGCAGCCAGGCCACCUCUGGCGAAGCAGAGGUGAUGGCAGGAGAGGACAGUUGCUUCUGGAAGUGACGGAUUACCAGGUGACAAAUCUGUGUGAGUCAGAGAUAGAGUGUCCUGAGCAUCCCAGGGGCAGGAGCCUACCCCGGGGAAAGGAGGAAGGAGCAGACUUGUGGGUUGGGCCUUGCAUCAUGAAGAGGAGUUUGCCAGAUGUGGAAGUGAGGGAGGAAGGAACAUCCCACAGAGGGAACAUUGUGUACAAACCCAGUCUUCCUGGCAGGGUGCAGAGGGGGGGUGUUAAGAAGCCUUGGGACUUGAGGGCAUGAGUCACGAGUGUCAGUAACUGGUCUGUGGCAACCUUGGGGCCAUCAGGUGGCAGGCACUUUGCUCCUGUGGGUGUCUUGCUGCCUAACCCCGGACAUGAGGUCCAGUGACUGUCCACCCUCUCUGCCAGCAGCAACUACUGGCUCCUUUUACUGAUUUACUAAUUAGUCAUUUACUAAUUCUGGGUGGCUCUGGUCUUGUGUGCGAGAAAGAAUACAGAGACCGCAUGCAAGAUGCUGCUAGCCUCAGUGGCUACUGUGUGGGUAGACGCCAAGGUCCUCACCAGGUCCCCAGAUCCCCUGUGCCCUCCAUGUGUUCUGGGUAAGUUUUCACAAGGAAAGGGCUAUGAGGUAAUAGCCAAAGAGAUCGGAGCAAUAGCCACGACUAGCUUUAGCUUACCAUCAGCAGGGCUAUCAGGUUCUAUCCCAUCUCUACUGUGUCUUUGGAGCCAAGGCCAGUGCCUGGUAGUCUGCGCUCUGCUGAGUGAAAUGUUGGUGGAAAGUGUUGGUGGUGGUUGCGUGAAGUGUUGGUGUAAAGAACACAAGGCUGGCUGUCAUAGAGCUUGGUGGUGAGUCCUGGUCUGGCCAGUUCUUGGCAUGUGGCUGUUGUCAGCCUAAGUCCCUCACAUGUAACACUAGCGUCACAGUGACUGCCCUGUGAAGCGUGUAUGUAUCCCUCUCUGGACUCCCCUUGGUGGCUGCUGGCCCACGAUAGCAUCUAGAGGAUCACUGGAGAGCUGGCCCAGCCCAGAGUCAGAGGCUUGGCUAUCGGGCCUGUCACACACAGAACGCAGAGUGCAGCAUAUGAAAGAUGAUGAGGACAGCGACUGCUCAGAGAUGCCAAGAACACACAGGACCCUUAGCUUGUCAGGUGGGACUCAGCCCACACCGACAGAGGGACCAGCGGACAGGCCGUGUAGUGACUGAAGCUGUAACAGUGGGGAGCCCUUGGCCUGGGGUUAGAGCACUGUGCUGAGGAAUGCUCACCCUACGCAGCCCACCUCUAUGAUGCCGAGGACCCGGCCACCCCGCUGCGGACAAUACCCGGCCUAUGCGAGGAUUAUUGCCUGGACAUGUGGCAGACCUGCCGAGGCCUCUUUCGACACCUCUCCCCUGACCGUGAGCUCUGGGCCCUGGAGAACCACAGGGCCAAGCUGUGCCGCUACCUGUCCCUAGAUGACACCGAUUACUGUUUCCCAAGCCUGCUUGUCAACGAGAACCUGAACUCAAACCUGGGCCGUGUGGUGGCUGAUGCCAAAGGCUGCCUGCAGCUGUGUCUGGAGGAGGUGGCCAAUGGGCUUCGCAACCCCGUUGCCAUGGUACACGCCGGGGAUGGCAGCCACCGCUUCUUCGUGGCAGAGCAGGUGGGGCUGGUGUGGGCCUACCUGCCUGACCGCUCUCGCCUGGAGAAGCCCUUCCUGAAUGUGAGCCAAGCAGUGCUUACGUCACCCUGGGAAGGGGAUGAGCGGGGCUUCCUGGGCCUCGCCUUCCACCCCCACUUCCCACAUCCCAGCAAGCUCUAUGUCUACUACUCUGUGGGGGUCGGCUUCCGAGAGUGGAUCCGCAUCAGCGAGUUCAGAGUCUCAGAGGAUGAUGCGAACACCGUGGAUCAUGGCUCAGAGAGGAUAAUCCUGGAGAUUGAAGAACCAGCUGCCAAUCACAACGGGGGCCAACUGCUCUUUGGGGACGACGGCUACCUCUACAUCUUUACCGGAGAUGGCGGGAUGGCCGGAGACCCCUUUGGGACGUUUGGAAAUGCGCAAAACAAGUCGGCGCUGCUGGGCAAGGUGCUGCGCAUCGACGUGGACCGCAAGGAGCGCGGCCUCCUCUACGGUAUCCCGCCCGACAACCCCUUUGUGGACGACCCCGGAGCGCGGCCCGAGGUCUACGCCCUGGGCGUGCGCAACAUGUGGCGCUGCUCCUUCGACCGCGGAGACCCGGUGUCAGGCACGGGCCGUGGCCGCCUGUUCUGCGGGGACGUGGGCCAGAACAAGUACGAGGAGGUGGACCUGGUGGAGCGGGGCCGCAACUACGGCUGGCGUGCUCGCGAGGGCUUCGAGUGCUACGACCGCAAGCUGUGUGCCAACGCCUCCCUCGAUGAUGUGCUGCCGAUUUUCGCCUACCCUCACAAGCUGGGCAAAUCAGUCACUGGGGGCUACGUGUACCGGGGCUGCGAAUACCCCAACCUCAAUGGCCUCUACAUUUUUGGUGAUUUCAUGAGCGGGCGACUGAUGUCCCUCCGAGAGAACCCAGAGACAGGCCAGUGGAAGUACAGUGAGGUCUGCAUGGGCCGUGGACAGACAUGUGCUUUCCCAGGCCUCAUAAACAACUACUAUCCAUAUAUCAUCUCCUUUGCAGAGGAUGAGGCUGGGGAGCUGUACUUCAUGUCCACGGGCGUGCCCAGUGCCACUGCUGCACGAGGAGUCAUCUACAAAGUGAUAGACCCCUCCAGACGGGCACCUCCAGGGAAGUGUAAGAUACACCCUGCUCAGGUGAAGGUGAAGAGCCGCCUCAUCCCCUUUGUGCCCAAGGAAAAGUUCAUUCGGACGCCAGAGAGCAUUCCUCGCCCCACGGCCCGCGCCCCCACCAAGGCGCCCCGCCGCAGGCGCCCCACGGCCGCUGCCCCUGCGCCUACUAUACGGCCCACAAAGCCCGCACGGCCCAGCCGGAGACCAGGGGGCCGGAAGGGAGGCGGGCGACGGCGGGGACGUCCGAGCACCGCAGUCCCUGCGCCCCAGAACGGCUCCGUGCGCCUGGUACGACCCGCUGGCCUGAGCCCCGGCCGCGGGCGGGUGGAAGUGUUCGUAGGAGGACACUGGGGUACAGUGUGUGACGACGCCUGGGACACCAAGGCGGCUGCUGUGGUGUGUCGCCAGCUGGGCUUUGCGCACGCCGUGCGAGCCGCCAAGCGUGCGGAGUUCGGCGAGGGCCGCUCACUACCGAUUUUGCUGGACGACGUGCGCUGCACGGGCAGCGAACGCAACCUGCUGGAGUGCGCGCACGCUGGCGUGGGCACGCAUAAUUGCAAGCACGAAGAGGAUGCUGGCGUCGAGUGCAGCCACCAAGACCCGGACCUGUAGGGGCCCCUUCGGCUUGCGGGCACACCAUGAGGUGGUUCAUCUGCAAGUGA